ACUCAGUGCAGUUCACGUGUGUUUGGGAGCUUGAGGAGCAGCAGCAGAUGAUCACAGCUGGACAUCUCGAGCAUCUCACCUUCACUGCCGGAGUUUGACUGACGACCCGAGAAGAAUGGACUCUGCCUCUCAUAACCUGCGGGAUCAGAUCUCAGAGCUGCUGAAGCCUCACAGGGUUUGUCUGGUGACGCCCGUCGUCCUGAACCACAGUCAGCCAUGUGUGAGGUCGACCAGCACGUUUGUGGUGCUGAGUCUGUGGAGAGGUUACCUGGUUGUGAACAAGCAACCUGUCAGGGUGGAGAGCACGUUCAGCUACCUGGAGAUCUGCUCCAUCGAAAUCCACAGCCUAACACAGAUUGUGUUGAAGACAGACCGGCAGACUUUGUCUUUCAGCGUGUUGCACGUCAAGGAUCUUGAGGCCAUGGUCAGUCACAUGACUGCCUCACUGAAGUGGAUCUUCCCUGAUUCAUCUCCGGGAAAGCUAUUAAAGACGAUUCCUGCAGAUGUGGAGCAAAGACUCAACAUGCUGGCUGCUGUGAUAGAGGAGCAGCUGAACAGUCGGCCUGGACCCUGUGGAGGAUUCUCUGACACCUACGCUGCUCUGUGUGAUUUCAAUGAGAUGUCAUUUAGAGAGGAGAUUCAGUGGGAUGUUGACAACAUCUACUACAUCCACAAUUGUAGACACUUCAACCUCUGUGACUUCAGCCACUUAGACAACAGUGACUUGGCCUUAACGGUAGCAGCUCUGUCCUUCAACCAGUGGUUUACCAUGAUCUACAGCAAAGAAUAUAAACUGUCGGUAGAUGUCCAGGAACAGUUGACCUUCCUGCUGUCCAAGUCUCCUAGUCUGGAGGAGCUCUCACUGGAGGCCAGUGGACUCAAAGUGGAUUUUGCCGUGAAAAUGGCAGCUGCCUUGCGAGAGCACGCCUCCUCUACCCUGCGUUGCAUCAACCUCUCGGGCAAUCCGAUCGAAGACAAAGGAGUGAUGGCGCUCAGUCAGGAGUUGGGGAAUAUCUGUGAAGGACUCAAACACCUUUCGCUGUCCCGCGUGUCAAUGACUUCAAGAGGUCUGGGCUGUCUGAGUCAGAUGUUAUCCUCCACUCAACCCUUCUCAGCUUCUCUGACCCACCUCGAUCUGUCCGGUAACUCCAGCUGCCUGGUCAGUGAGGAGGCCACGUUUCUCUUCAGGUUCUUGUCCAGUACUAACUCUCUGUCUCACCUGGACCUCAGUGACACCAACUGCCCACUGGACACGUUAUUUGUGUCCCUGUCGUCUGGCUGUUGUGACAAACUGCAGCAUCUGAACCUGGCGAGGAAUCCUUUCAGCCACAGAAAGAUGCGACGCGUGACCAGAAGUAUUGGAGAGUUCUUCAGACAGAGCUGUGAGCUGAAAUAUGUGGGCCUUUCUGAAACCAAACUGCCUCCACAAGCUCUCAGGUUAUUACUGCAGGGCCUGGCAACCAACACUCGUCUGUUAGAGCUGGAGCUGGACCUCAGCAGUUGCGAGUUACGUUCAGUCGGAGCCCAGGUGAUACAGGAGCACAUCUCUGAAGCUACAGCCAUCGGAAGUCUGGAUAUCUCUGACAAUGGUUUUGAGAAUGACAUGGUGACUCUGGUCCUAUCGCUCGGUCAGUGUCAUUCUCUCAAACGUCUCGCAUUAGGGAGGAACUUUGCCAUGAAGUCCAGAGCUCUCACUGAUGUUCUUCACCGCAUUGCUCAGCUCAUUCAGGACGAAGAGUGUCCCUUGCAGUGUCUGUCAGUGUGCGACUCCAAGCUGAAGACGGGGAUUCACAUUCUGCUGAGUGCUUUGGGAGGCCAAGCGGCUUUGGCAGAACUUGAUAUCAGUGGGAACCACAUCGGAGACACUGGAGCCAAAAUGGUGGCUAAAGCCCUGAUGAAUAACACCCGACUGAGGACUCUAACAUGGGACAGAAACAACAUCACUGCCAAGGGAUACCAGGAUGUGGCUGAAGCCUUGGAAAGGAACUUCACUCUGCAGCAGGUGUCUCUCCCUCUGGCUGACAUCACACAGAGUUACCGCGGCAACCCUGACAGAACAAAAGAGGCCCUGCACAAGAUUCAACAGUGUUUGGACAGAAACAACCAGAGACAGUUUGACAGAGUGGAACUGCAGCGAGUGUUCAGAUCUCAACAAUCUGAAAAGCUGGUCCACGGUAUGUGUCAACAGCUGGAGGACAGUCUUCAGCAUGUAAACCAGUGCAGCAUUCAGGAAGUCCAGGCCGAUAUCCUGACAGCGCAGGAGGUGCUGCACAACGCCCGGGAGUCUUUCAAGCUGCUUCCCUCCCUUUAUGAGGCGGGCAGGACUUGCGCCUCUGACAGAGACUUAGUGAACGCCGUCCUCACAGACACAGCUGCUGCUCUCACUAAUGAGUUCUCUCAAAGCUUACAGGUAAUGGCUCAAGGCAUGAUGAGGUGCGCCGAGUCGGUCUGUCCACGUGUGGUCCAGCGGUCCAGCGUGUGUGAGUGUUUAUCAGAGGGUGUGUCCAAGAGAAGCAGACAGACAAACACAUUCCUGAGGAGCACUCUGGUGGAGAACACAGGGAAGCUCAUCAUCGACAGACUCACUGAACUAAGAGAAACACUGAGCAUGUCUUUCGCCAAAAGCCUCAUCGAACAAGUUCUACAGGAUCUGACAACAACACAGAACAAAAUGGAUUGUCUUAUCAAUGACAGCAAUCAGAGACUCAGAGUCCCAGAGCUUCGUCUGGAGGACACUGACUUCCCUACUGAUGACUACAGCCCAGCCUUUUGGAGAAACAGUUUCCAUGCCAAGAGCCUGAGGCCGGCCUCUUCGAUUAAGAGUCUCCUGGAUUCAGACUGGGAGCAGCAGAGCAGAGACAGAGGAGAGAGGGGAGGAGAUGCUGGAGAGGAAGGUGGAGGAGGAGGAGGAGACGGAAGAUGUGGCCUCCCUCGAUCGCCAACAGCAACCCCCCUGUCAGUCACGGCCACUAGUCCCUCCCCUUCUCCUGCCACUUCCCUGGCCCCCUCCCCCCCAGGAUGGAGGGGGAGGAAGCAGAGGGAGGAGGGGGAGGCAGUGGUGGAUGCUGCAGCAGCAAUAUCGGGAGCAAGAAGAGCAUCGUUCAUUCCUCCUCCCAGUCUCCCCCUCCUUUGCUCCAUCUCCACUCGAGCACCAGAGGAGGAGGCUGCCGGCCACGGGGGCAUAACCAGACGAGAGGCUCCCUUCCCUGGCUGCGGCUCCAGCCCAGGCCCCCUCCCCAGAUCUGGAUCCCCCGCUUCUCCCAUGGAGCCUCUACCCACCCAGGGACAGACUCUAAGGCACUACACCGCCUCCCGACCACGGCCACGGCGCACACAUACACAGCCCCCCUCCUCCAGGCCUCAGGAGCCAGUCUCAAAAGUAGAGAAUGAGGCCACUGAGGGGAUGGGCAGAGUGGAUGAAGGAGUAGAGGAGUUCUUUACCAAGAAAAUCCUCCCAGACUAUGCACUAAAAGGCCGGUGGGAGGAGUCAAACCCUGCCCAAGCCACCCCCCCAGAGUCAAGCUCCACACCCUCUGCCUCAACCCCCUUUUCCUCCUCAGCUGAGAAUAUCACCUCCUCUCUCAUCACCACUCUUACCUCCCCCUCUGUCCCACAUACUGACACACCCUUUACAUCCACUGAUGUUCCACCUCUCUCUACAUCCUCCACUCCCCCCGCCCCUCCAUCCUCCGCCACCCCCAUCACCACCACAAUUCCCACCAAAAACAUCAAGAAAAAGUUUGGCGACUUCUUCGCCUUCAAGAGGGCCCGAGCUGGCCGAGCCACCAAGGCAGGAGGGGGAGAGGGAGGAGGAGAGGGGGUGAAGGUCAAAAGGACCUCCAUUGCAGACCUUAUUCGACCCCUCCGUGAGGCCAAAGAAAGGGAGAGAGAGAGGGAGAGGGACAAGGAGAAAGAGAAGGAGAGAGGGGCAAGGUCAGUGGAGGAUGCUAACCUUUCUAAUGAUGCCGCUACCACAGAAGGAACCAUUGCCGCCAACCACCGUCUUGCAGGCGAUGCUAGGGAAGUGAUGGCUCCCGCCAAUACAUUAACCACGACAACACCUCCCAGUGAGAUCGCCCCUUCAUUCCCCGCCACGGCCUCAAACCCUGACAGCGUUACCGCCGCGCUCCCCCACCCGGACGAUGAGGUGGUUCCAGUGUUGCCAGGUCGCACCCCAAGUCCAGUGGUCACUUCCCCUCAGGCUGAGAUGAAGCUAGGAGGGACUCCGUACGGAGAGAGGAGACUGAAGGCGACCAAGAGGUCACUGAGAGAAGGCAAGAGCCAGAGUCUCAUUCUGCUGACCGGACUGGAGCCUGAGGACAAGGAUAGCACUCACAGUAAGAAACAUGCGUCUGAGAGCACGUCCAGCUUUGAACAGAGGCUCCAGGUGAUGCUGCACAGAAUGGGCGUGGCCAAGACUCCUCCUACUGACACUAAGACAAGUAGUAAAGAUGAAGAGCUGAGAAAAGCCAACUCUGAAGGUGCUAUCCUGGACAAACCUGUACCUCCACCCACAUUUAUGAAGCCCAGGACCAUGUCCACAUCAUCAGCAGACCCUCGGCAUCCUAUCAGAGUGCUGGAACACAUCCGACCGGACCCUCCUCUUCACCCGAAGCCCGCCGUUCCCGAUCGCCCCGUUGGCCCCCUGCCGCCUAAACCUGCCAUCGCUGCCAAACCUCCCCUCCCUACCCCGGCUGCUCCUGCGGGGGGAGGUGCUUGUCCGCCUUUUGCACAUCCUCCCAGCAGCUCAGCAGAAAGAGUGCAGCUCAGAGCGCACACACAUGACGGCAGACCGGGGGAGAGUACAACACAGAAUGGCAGCCAGGAGGGUCCUCAGGGUGCAGCCGCAGCUCCGUCCCCCAGGAAAGAGCUGCUUCCUCCGUUCUCAUCUCCAUGGAGGGGUCCCAGUGCACAGGAUCGCUCUGAGAAAGCACAAUCAGUGACAGACGAGAGUCUUCCCAAACCGAGGCAGCACCUGAAACCCCUCCCACAACGUAGAGCAGUGUCCGUCCAUGAGGACACUCUGGCCAUAACACAAGAGCUGAAGGCAGUUUUACAGAGGUCACCCAUCCGUUUCCGGGGCAACAGAGGGGACCUGCCCACCUGCACUGAAGAUUCAUCUUGUGGGGAGGAAGUGCAACAAGCUCUAAAGGCCAGUGACAAAAGGACAGCUGAAGAAAAGAAGGGCACUGUCCAGAAGGUAGAGAUGAAGACAAAGAAAGGUGGAGGGAUGCUAGCUGAAACCAAGCACCUGCCUCCGGGAGAUGAAGACGCCUCGGGCUCAGGAUGUCCCUCCUCUACAGCUCACGCUGAACAAAGAGCAUCAGUGCCCCGACUCUUCAGUCCGACAGCAGCCGCUGACAGAGCUCUGUCCACUCUGGAGAGUCCUCCGGCACAAGCCCAAACCCUGGAAAAGCCUCUCGUGACAUCCCAGACGAAGAGCCCCAGCACCACCCCAGGAUCGGCUCGAACUCUUGAAAAAAAAUCGCCGGUGUCCCCGCCGCUGCCGGACAAGAGCACAAUCCCAGCUGGAUCUGAAUCCCUGGAAAGCCCACAGGAGAGUUCUGUGUCCCACAAGAAGAAGAGCCCCGGCACAGCACUGGCGACAAUGGCCUUUGGAAACAGCACACAGGAAAGAGGAGAGGCGGUUUCUAAACAGCACACGGCGAAGAAGGCAGAGCCAGCAGACCAAAGAACUGAGCCCGCUCUGUCUGAAUAACACACACACACACACACUGACUUACACACCUGGGAGAGAGGGAGAGGGAGGAGGAUGUGGUCCGUGACAUCACUGAGAUCAGAAACUGGGAGGCUUCACAUGGUUUGAGAGUGGAAAACAGCAGCUGUGGUUAUCUCUGACCAGGUCUGACACAGACAUGAUUUAGUGUGGGUGCUGUUUGUUUUACUGCAGGCCUUCAGCCAUAGACGGCAUAUAAAAGUGGAUGAAGCCUUCCAUUUUGAAAAAGGGAACACAAGUAGUUCAUUAGCCACCAGGAGGCAGCUCUACCGUUGCAAAAAGAACUCUGUUUUCAACAGUUUAUAGGAAUUUAUAACAUCAGUCAUCAUUUUCCUGAGGAGUUCGUGGUUUCAGUUGCCAAUUUCUGGUGUUCUUUAAUAGAGCAUGAUGUCACUUUUGUAAAUUGUGUUCCCAUUUACAGGAAAGCAGACGAUAAAGCACAGCACAUGUGGGAAGACACCAGUGUGACUGACUGCUGGUAUCGCCCUGUGGGUGCCUGGUUGCAGGUGACGUCUAUGAAUUUCCCGCUUUUAAAAACUGACGUGGUGCAAAUCAAAUCACUUGAGUCGAGGUUUGUUUGGCAACCGGAAGACUACGUCCACUUUUUUUAUAUAUACAGUCUAUGCCAGUAUACAGCCAACGUCUUUGUGUGAAGCUUCCAGAUUAUGGUGCUUAUUUGCCCCAAACAACAGAUGAGUACAGCUGCAGAAACGUAGCAGAACACACCCAGUAACUGUGCAUCUCCAGAGUGUGUCUGCUCUGUUACUUUUCACGUCAGUACACUAAUGAAAUGACGUGAAUUGAAGCUGUUGUGUGAGCAAAGAUGACUGAACAAGGCCUCUUCUCACCCAUAGAAAGAAAGUUUCCUGAUAUCCCACCAGGCAGAAUGUUGCAUAUUGGACCCUUCUUAAAAGAAAAUCCCCCGAGUGCAGUAUGUUCCUUUUUAGAGCUGUUAUUUCAGUCAGGGCAGCAUUCAAUCAUCAUUUCACUCGGACUGUCAGACUCACACACCCGACAUUCAGCACCGCCACCUUUCGUGCAGUAAAACGUCUGAAAUUGUCAAUUUUUUUGUUUUUUUUUAAGUGAUACCUUUCAAAGAAUAUUUACAAGUUGAGGCAUUUGCUCAGUUUUCUCUUUGUUUUGAACGUGUUACACUAAAAAUAUUUCAGAUUCCAUUCCCUCUAUCACAAUCCCAUCACAAAAUCCCUACAUGUCAGUAUAUUAUUUAGCCUAUAACAAGAGGACCAAUUGACAUCCUAAAUUUAAACACCUCCAGGCACAUGUUGUGUGAGUUCAGAAGAUUUUAUUGAGUCUAUCCAGCUCUCAGGGUGAGCGUGGAGAUGACGGACAUCAGUUCAGCUCCCGAUGCUGUCGCUGACCUGAGGCUUUUUUUCUCUUCCUGGGCUAGAGUUUAUUUUCUACUGUCUACAUGUUUAUCUUUGCCUUGCACGCACAGACAGGAUAUGUACAAAACUACAUAAAGCAAAACAAAAAGUUAUGAAACAGAGUGUAAAUCCAUACCUAUACUUGUUAAUAAGGAUUAAAGAGCUAAUUGAGUUGUGUCAUAA